AUGGAACCUCGCCCAGGUGUAGAGCAUAAGCUUCACGGUGGCCAAGGCCCAACCGGUGGCGAACAUGGAGACAACGACCGACAAAGCGAGGGAAAUGCACCAGCACGCCUAUCCGGUGGAGCCGUUGAAAAUCGCCCAAUGCAGUUACCACAGACCUGCGAUCCCGAUACAUAUGACCCCGAUGAGCCAAUGCCAGGAACACCCGAGCCAGAGAACAGUGACCCCGAGACCUAUGCGGCCUGGGGCGCGAAGCGCUUUGGCAAAGAGUGGUACGACUUGCGAAAGUCGAUGCUGGCGGAGGUUCCUGGCAAUCUGACAUACGAGGUGUACAAAGAUUUGCAGAGAGAUCUGAGAGCGAUGGAACAUAAGGCUGAAGGACGGCCAUUGCGACCAUGUAACAAAGAUGGCUCCGAUGAUCUCUCUGAUGAAGGCUGGAAGCGAGUGUGGGCUCGUCUGUCAAGGCAUACUAAGCCGGUCGAGGCCAGCUCAACCCCGGUAUCUGAACACAGCGACUCCGACACAUCCCCCCCCACACCCGAGCCACGCGAACCCAUCCCUGAAUCGGACGACCUGCGGAACCUUCUAGAGUACAUGCGAAAGCAGCAAGGGUGGGACGAGGAGAGAUAUCAGUUCUGGAAGUUCUAUGUCAAGGAUGAACACAUCGACAAGGCUAGAAACCGACGAGAGGAUGAGGUCUUCUGCAACGGGAAAUACUACAUGGCCAAUUUCCGCUUCGAGGGCUAUAGGAAGACCACGCUCGGAAAGCACCAUUGCUACAUAGGGCUCCUCGAGAAGGGCUGGACGUAUGAGCAGAUCGUCGCCAAGUAUGAAGCCGACGUGGGCAUGCACGAGUGGGAACAGGAGAACCCAGCGCCAAGGGCAUACCUUCUUGGUCACUGUAUGGGUCCGGGAGGGUUUGCCGAACUGGAUGCCUGGCGUGAGAAACAUGAUGUUGCCUUCGAGCACUUCUACGCAGCGCCACGUGGUAUGCUAUUGCCGUAUUGGGUUACGGACUAUGGUGGUAUGUACAAUAUCCGGGACAAGGGCAUCCUUGGUCGCGUCACCCGCCGGCGACAGCGAGAGGCCCUGCUGUCCGACACCACCGGCGACGCUUCAUCACGGACCAAAGAGCUGCAAAGGAUCGAAGAUGAAGAGCGGCUAUAUGCCGAGGAGCUAGCUAGGGCCAUCGACAAGUCGAUGGAAAUGGAUGCACAUGUACACAUCAACCGCUCUUCAGCCAUGAGUUGUUGGUUUGACAGGUGGGACGAGUGGGGGAUCUGCCUCGAGAGCCAGAACAAGUGGGCUGGCAUGUGGGGACACGGCGGGCGAGCCGGCCCGAGCGAAGCACCUCGACAGGCGAAGGAGACCAAGGGCGAACCCGACGAUAAGGUGCGGGAGGAGGAGGAGGAGGAGGCGGCGGCGGCGGCGGCGGCGGCGGUGGCGGCGGCGCAGCAUCGCGGAGGGCGGCGGCGCACGGUAUACAAGAAGGAGCGGUCGAGCCGAAGGCUGGCGGGACAACGGCCCGAGUACGGGGUGCUCGGGGAGGGCGAGCCUGGCCACCCCGCGCGCCCCGCGGCGAGCGGCAUGGGCGCUCGCAGCGGCCAGCGGGCGAAGAGACCAGCGGCGGCAAGGGUCGUGAAGCACCAAAAGACCUCGAAGCCCAAGCCAGGACGUAGGACUCGCUGA